AUGGCGCACGGCACAGAGCCCCUCUUUCCAUUCGACAUCACCGAGGCGACAUGGCUGGUGCCUGCUGUAACCGAGAAGUUGACGACGGUCGAGCUCAUCGCAUACCGCGCACGCCAGCUAGAGAAGCGGGAGGCCGACAUCGAAGGGAUUCACGACCGUGUUGUGGCUGCGCGCUACGCAUCCAUCCGCGAGUUCGAGCGCCGAAGCGAGAAGCGUAUCGCAGAUUACGACUUCCAGCCGGGCGAGCUCGUUCUCGUGCAGAACAAGCGCUUCCGCAAGCACGAUAGCCCCAAGUGGAUGCCGAGAUAUAUUGGGCCGAUGGUCAUUAUCGCGCGAGGAGCUGGCGGAGCGUAUCGGCUGGCUGAGGUUGACGGGGCAGUUUCGAAGAACAAGUACGCGGCCGCGCGCCUCAUUCCGUAUCGCGCGCGUUCGCAGAGGACUGUCCGUGUCACGGAGUUCGUCGAGCCAGAGGAUCUCGAGGAGGUGGAGGAUGUUGACGUUGAGUUCGUUGGUGUUGAGGAGAGUGUUGUCAGGGUGUAGGUGCACCGCGGAGGGUGCACAUUCGAGAGUGGGGAGGGGGUGUAGGGUAUGGGUCCGCGCUGGGCUUGGAACGCGCAUGGCAGCUUCGCUUAGGCAUUCCCGAUUAGGCAGUCGUUGUGUCUUCAUUCGUAGAUAGCUCCGGAUAGAUCCGAGUUCUGACCCUCACCGCUGAGACG